UUGUAUAAAAUUGUGAACAAUUAUAUAAAUUACAAAAAUAAAAAUAUGACAGACAAACGCGCUCUAUUCAAAAAUUGGCUACUGGAAAAAUUAGUCGAGUGGAAGACGGAUGAAUCAGUUUUUGGUAAUUAUAUACUUGGUAUCUUGGAAGGCGAUGAUACGGAUGAGGAAAAAAAAGAUGCAUUAACUGAUUUUUUGAGUGUACUGGUCGAUAAUACCAAUUAUUUAGUUAAAAUGAUAUUCGAAAAAUGGAAAGAAUUAAUGACAGAAGAUAAUGCAACUGACAAACAUCCAGCCUCGUCCUCCAUUGACGUUACCGAUCAACUAACUAAAUUACUGGAAGCACAAAAAAUACGAACCGUUUCCAAAGAACGUCAAUAUACAGAGGAAGAGCGCCAAAUACGUGAACAUAUAUUAACACAAUACUCAGAAACUCCAGUUACUGAUGAUGAAUCUUCUGAUAAGCCUGAAGAAGCUACUAAGAAUAUCACUCCCAAAACUUUAACCGGUGUUGAACGCAAUACUAACGUUCACGAUGUUAUAAAGUUGCAAAAAGAACGUAGAGAACAAGCACGUCUUGAUAGUGCAGCCAAAAAACGUAAAGACAAAGAAGACCGUGAAAAGCAAAAACAACAACGUGAGGAGAAGAAAGAGAAACGUAAGACAGUAAAGGGCGAACAUCGUCGCUAAUUUCGUUGUUAAACUAUCCAUGUUAAAAA